UAAAAAAUAUAUUAAAAUCAGUCAUCGUUUGGCACUCGAGGUCGGUCGGCAUUUGUUUUGAUUUAGCCGAGUGCCCUUUGUUCGGAUCGAAGGUAGUGUGUAGUGUGUAGUUUUACCUAGACAAUACUAGAAUAUGUUCAUAUGUAUGGCAUAUUUAUCAAAGAUACUUGCAAAUCAAAUGGUCACGCGUUUCAGCCAGAAUUCGCGGAACCAAUUGUGAAUUUAACUGUCGCCGUGGGACGAGACGCCACCUUCAGGUGUCUUGUACUGCAUUUGGGAGGAUAUAGGGUCGGUUGGGUUAAAGCCGAUACGAAAGCCAUCCAAGCGAUCCACGACCACGUGAUAACCCACAAUCCUCGGGUGUCCGUCUCACACAGCGACCACUCUACAUGGAACUUGCACAUCCGCGACGUCGCCGAGGAGGACCGCGGCAUGUACAUGUGUCAGAUCAACACGGACCCCAUGAAGAGCCAGCUCGGUUAUCUGGACGUUGUCGUGCCCCCGGACUUCGUGGCCGAGGACACAUCCGGCGAUGUUAUGGUUCCGGAAGGUGGCGUCGUGAAGCUGACCUGUAGGGCGCGCGGCCAACCUGUUCCUCACGUCCAGUGGCGCCGGGAGGACGGCGGUGACAUUGUAAUACGCGAACCGAGUGGACAGAAGACCAAAGUUUCAUCAUAUCAAGGAGAAGUUCUAAAGUUGUCCAAAAUCACAAGAUCCGAAAUGGGCGCGUAUCUCUGCAUCGCAAAUAAUCACGUCCCACCUGCAAUCAGCAAGCGAAUAAUGGUCAACGUUCAUUUUCCGCCUGUGAUUCAAGUGCCGAACCAGCUGGUGGGCGCCCCUCUCGGGACCGACGUGACGCUCGAAUGCUAUGUGGAAGCUUCACCAAAGUCAAUUAACUAUUGGAUUAGAGAUACAGGUGGGAUGGUGAUAUCAUCUAACAAGUACGAAGUCGGAAUGAGUUCUCGAUCUUUAUUCGAAACUCGAAUGUCGGUGACAAUUCGACGUCUACAACUCGAAGACGUUGGAUCAUACCGUUGCAUUGCUAAAAAUUCUUUGGGUGACGUAGAAAGCAAUAUCCGAUUAUAUGAAAUUCCUGGGCCUACUCGCCGCGUUUUUCAUCCCCGGUACGACGAAGAAGAUUAUCCUGACGGUUUACAGUUCGGCUCUGCCGAACGUGAUCCCGAUGACAACGACGAGCAGACUAUUGCUGGAAGUAACCAAGCGAUAUCUUCCUCCGGUACGUCCGGCCGGGGAGGAUCAGCUGCAGGACACUCUCCCGCUCGGGGCGGACAGCUCUCGGCGCAGAGCGUCCCGGGGCCUCUGUCGCCCUCGGUGACGGCGGACGCGUACACGACGCGAAAUUCACACUCUCUGUUGAUUUUCGCACUGGCGGUAGGAACGAUGGCAGCCGCGCGGAUUGCCGUAUUUUGGUAA